AGAAGUGAACACCUCGUCCACUAGCCUUCCAUUAGGCCAUCUGCCUCCUGAGAGCCUCCCGUGCCCCAAAGAAGCACCAUGACUUGUGGAUCUUACCGUUCUCUCCCAGCAUUCAGCUGUGUCUCCGCCUGCGGACCUCGGCCCGGCCGCUGCUGCAUCACGGCCGCCCCCUACCGUGGCAUCUCCUGCUACCGCGGCCUCACAGGGGGCUUUGGCAGCCGCAGCGUCUGCGGGGGCUUCCGUAAUGGCGCCUUUGGCCGCAGCUUCGGGUACCGCUCCGGCGGCGUGGGUGGCCUCAACGCUCCCUGCAUCACCACCGUGUCAGUCAAUGAGAGCCUCCUCACGCCCCUCAACCUGGAGAUCGACCCUAAUGCACAGUGCGUGAAGCAAGAGGAGAAGGAGCAGAUCAAGUGUCUCAACAACAGAUUCGCUGCCUUCAUCGACAAGGUGCGCUUCCUGGAGCAGCAGAACAAGCUGCUGGAGACCAAGCUGCAGUUCUACCAGAACCGCCAGUGCUGCGAGAGCAACCUCGAGCCCCUGUUCAAUGGCUACAUCGAGACGCUGAGGCGGGAGGCUGAGUGCGCAGAGGCCGACAGCGGGAGGCUGUCCUCGGAGCUCAACAGCCUGCAGGAGGUGCUGGAGGGCUACAAGAAGAGGUACGAGGAGGAAGUUGCUCUGAGAGCAACAGCCGAGAAUGAGUUUGUGGCUCUGAAGAAGGAUGUGGACUGUGCCUACCUCCGCAAAUCAGACCUUGAGGCCAAUGUGGAGGCCCUGGUUCAGGAGACCGACUUCCUUCGGCGACUGUAUGAGGAGGAGAUCCGAGUUCUCCAAGCCCACAUCUCAGACACCUCGGUCAUCGUCAAGAUGGACAACAGCCGGGACCUGAACAUGGACAACAUUGUGGCUGAGAUCAAGGCUCACUAUGAUGACAUUGCCAGCCGCAGCCGGGCCGAGGCUGAGAGCUGGUACCGCAGCAAGUGUGAGGAGAUCAAGGCUACAGUGAUCCGACAUGGGGAGACCCUGCGUCGCACCAAGGAGGAGAUCAAUGAGCUGAACCGCGUGAUCCAGAGGCUGACGGCUGAGGUCGAGAAUGCCAAGUGCCAGAACUCCAAGUUGGAGGCUGCAGUGACCCAGGCAGAGCAGCAGGGCGAGGCAGCCCUCACUGAUGCCAAGUGCAAGCUGGCCGGGCUGGAGGAGGCCCUGCAGAAGGCCAAGCAGGACAUGGCCUGCCUGCUCAAGGAGUACCAGGAGGUGAUGAACUCCAAGCUGGGCCUGGACAUCGAGAUCGCCACCUACAGGCGACUGCUGGAGGGCGAGGAGCAGAGGCUGUGCGAGGGCGUCGGGGCUGUGAAUGUCUGCGUCAGCAGCUCCCGCGGUGGCGUCGUCUGUGGCGAUCUCUGCGCCUCCGGUGCUGCCCCUGCUGUCACCACCAGCGUCUGCAGUGCCCCCUGCAGCGGCAACGUGGUGGUGGGCACCUCCGACGCCUGCCGCCCCUGCUCUAGGGUGGGGGGCAGCAUCCUGGGCUGUAAGAAGUGCUAAGGUCGCCUUCCGGCCCAGCCAGGACCUCGCGCCACCGAAACGCCCCUUCCGUUACAUUCCCCGCCCCCGGGGCCGCCCCCUGUCCUGAACCGUCUGCCCUCCCUACUCCUUCUCUGCUCCCUCUGCGUGCCAUCCGCCAGGCACCUGAGCCCCGGGAAGGCUGGGGGGCACCCUGACCUCUUUCUGUAGCCUUUCCUAGUAGUCGUUUUGCUGUCUUGAGGAUUCAUGCCUUCUUCUGCCUUCUGUGUUUUGCUGGAUUCAUUGGUUCUGCCUGAUCCCCUUCACCGAAUCUUGGAGGAAAGCCGGACAGGCCCCGGAAUCUCCCAAUCUGCACAUCCUGGGGAAUCUGCGAGUGUGCUGGUACCUGUAGCAUGGACAUGGGGAACGCUGAUGGUGGUUUUCCUGUAACUCUUUGAGGGCCGUGCCCUGUGGGAGGGGAGGCCAUCACCUUUCAAGGAUGCCCGCAGAGGCUUCUACAAAGCCAAUGAGUCAACUGCCUGCAAGCUCUUGUCUUUGUUUCACUCUUUGUUUCCAAUAAACUAGUUGUGGCUAAUCAGA